UCUACCCUUAGGUGAGCAUCACUCCCAUAACUGGCAUCAGAACGUGUAGUGACGGGCUUCGGAGGGGCAGCACAAGGCCGGCAGUCAUGGGGGUCGAUGCCAGUGCAGCCUCCGCUGCGCCUGCCUCUGGAUCUCUGCCCGCGCUGGGCCUGGGCUCGCUGCUGCUGAUUGUGGUGUCAGUGACGCUGCUGUGGCUGCGGCGCAAGCCAGCGGGCCAAGCAGUGCCCAAGGUGGUCAAAGUUGAGCGGAUUGCAGCGGCGCAGCCGGAGGAAGAGGACCACCGCAAGCGGCUGGCGGUCUUCUUUGGGACGCAGACGGGCACCGCUGAAGGCUUUGCCAAGGCAGUGGCUGAGGAGGCGCGGGCGCGGUAUGGGGAUGCCGUGGCUGUGGAUGUGAUAGAUCUGGAUGAGUACGCGGCGGAUGAUGACGAGUAUGCAGACAAGCUGCCGCGAGAAGCGCACGCACUCUUCUUCACAGCUACAUAUGGGGACGGGGAGCCCACUGAUAACGCAGCCCGUUUCAUGAAGUGGAUUGCAGAGCUCAGUGAAGGAGAGGAGGACGCAAGCAGGGAGUUGUUGGCCAAGGUGCAGUAUGGCAUCUUUGGGCUGGGCAACCGGCAGUAUGAGAACUUCAACAGCGUUGCCAAGCAGUUGGAUAAGGUCAUGGCCAGCCUGGGGGCCAUCAGAAUCCUCAGGACAGGCUUUGGGGAUGAUGAUGCCUGCAUUGAGGACGACUUCGCGGCGUGGAAGGAGAGCCUCUGGCCAGCCCUUGACCCGCUGCUCUCCUCCUCGGAUCAAGAUCUGUCGACCAGUGCGGUCCCUUACAAUGCUGGGAUUCCUGAGUACCGUGUCCGGAUACACUCCGCUGACGAAGCAACCCCCGCCGCCGAGCCAGAGCUGGCGGCUAUUCCUGGGGCGGGCCACGACAUCCACAAGCCUGUGCGAGGCGUGGUCGCCCUGCAGCGUGAGCUGCACGCUGCAGGUUCGGAUCGCUCGUGUGUGCACCUGGAAUUUGAGGUGCCAGGCCGGGCCCUUUCCUACGAGGCGGGGGAUCACGUGGGCGUGUUUGCCGAGAACAGCGAUGAAGUGGUGGGUGAGGCGGCGCAGCUGCUGGGGGUAGCGCUGGAUACCGUGUUCUCGCUGGAGUCGGAUGCGGGGCAUCAUGCCAGCUUGCCCGAACCAUUCCCGUGCCCCAUCAGUGUGCGCGUGGCGCUGGCCCGCUACACGGACCUCCUGAGCUCGCCCAAGAAGGCGGCGCUCCUGGCGCUGGCAGAGCACGCCGCCAGCGCGCAGGAGGCGGAGCGGCUCCGCCACCUGGCAGGCCCACGGGGCAAGGACGAGUAUGCAGAGUGGGUGGUGGCCGCACAGCGCAGCCUGCUGGAGGUCCUGGCUGCGUUCCCCUCGGCGCGACCCCCGCUGGGCGUCUUCUUUGCGGCGGUAGCCCCCCGCCUGCAGCCACGCUACUACUCCAUCUCGUCCUCCCCCGCGCUGCACCCCUCGCGCAUCCACGUCACGUGUGCAGUCGUGCAGGAGCCCACCCCCACAGGUCGUGUCCACCACGGGGUCGCUUCCUCCUGGAUGAAGCGCGCCAUCCCCUCCCUGUCCUCCGUCCUGCCAGGGCCCGGUCACGCCAGCUGGGCUCCCAUCUUCGUGCGCUCCUCCAGCUUCAAGCUGCCGCGCGACCCCCUCACCCCGGUCGUCAUGGUGGGGCCUGGCACUGGCCUGGCGCCCUUCCGAGGCUUCUUGCAAGAGCGGCACGCGCGGAUACAAAAGGGGGAGAAGCUGGGGCCUGCCCUGCUCUUCUAUGGCUGCCGACACCGGGACAAGGACUACUUGUAUAAAGAGGAAUUGGACGCAUUUGUUGCCAGUGGUGCCCUGAACGGCCUCCACGUCGCAGUAUCUCGCGAGGGUCCGACCAAGGUCUACGUCCAGCACCUCAUGCAACAGCAGGCGACUUCAGUGUGGAACGUUCUGGCUUCUUCCAAAAAGGGGGGAGCGAACGGUGUGCUGUACGUGUGCGGGGAUGCCAAGCACAUGGCGAAGGACGUGCACCGUGCGCUGCACCAGAUUGUGCAGCAGCAAGAGUGCUGCGGAGGGACGGAGGCCGAGGAAUUCGUGAAGCAGCUGCAGAGUGAAGGGCGGUACCACCGGGAUGUCUGGUAGAGGCACCGACGGCGCUGGUGCCUUCCAGACGUACUGUAACGAUUCACUGUCGCCCAUUCGCUUAGGAAAAGUAGGUUGCGAUUUCGUGGACGGUUAUGGUCGUGGCGCGAAAGGGCACCUUUAGGACAAACAUUCUUUGUAUGCAGGACAGACUAUUUCUUGCUUUGGACGGAAUAACAAACAUUUGUUACCAGACUUUUCAACUAUGGCAUAGACAUGAGUGGAUUCUUCCGAGUUGGUGUCUUCAAAGAUGUACCAAUUAGCGUGUUUGAGAACACAUGUUGAAGCUCGUGUGUUCAAAUAUAGACCGAAAACAGCACUUGAAGGCAAAGCUUGCUGGUCUUUCAAAGGAGUGCGCUUCAGUUGAAAACGGUAAAUGUAGACUGUCAAAAGCGGUGAGUACCGUUUUGACCCACGUCUAAGUCGGUACUUAUAUCCGUACUUCUUCUAUCUUGAUCGAGUUAUUUGUGCGGGCAACUGUGAG